AAAACAAAACAAGAUCACAAGACGACAGGAGACAAGAGAACGCAAGUCGCGAGUUCCUCGCAGGAGAAAAGAGAGAAGAACGAUAGUUGUUUCUUCUGUCUUUUGCUCUUUUCCAGGCCAGGUUCAGAGAUUGGACUGACAGUGUUUAGAUUGUAGGUUUUUUAGAGUGUAGGUGUAAAUUUGAGUGCCUAGUGUAAAUUUGUUGCCAGUUUGAACUAAGUAUGGCAGUAGAACAGUGUCUGUGUUUAUUAGUCAACAUUAGUUUAGUAUAGAAAAAUUGAUGUCAGUUGAUAAUUUAGCUUAAAUAAUUGAUCUCAUUAAAUUAAUGCAGUCCAAGCUUUAACAAGUCUUGUAAAGUUUCAUUAGUAGAAAUCAAAACAAACCAGUGCAGAGCAGAACUUUUAAUUAUGUAUCUAGUUAGAUAGUGUUGCAAUCGACCCAGCUUCAAUUUUAUUUUCAAAUUCUUCGAAUUGGUUGAAAUUGUGUAACUUAGUGCAGUAACCUAUCACAUAAAAAUGGGUGGUGCAGAAGCGACUCAAGUACCAGGAGUUACUUUUAAAAUGCCUCCAGCUCAGACUACUGUACGAAAGUAUCGAAGGGAUACCAGCGAGGUUAGCUGCUGCCUCAAAUACAUGAUUUUCGGAUUCAAUGUCAUGUUUUGGUUGCUGGGACUGUGCAUAUUAGCGGUUGGAGUGUGGGCUUGGUCGGAAAAAGACACAUUCAACAACCUGGGUCGACUAGCCAAUAUAGCCUUGGAUCCAGCUUUCGUUCUAAUAUGUGUUGGUACUCUUACUUUCGUCAUUGGGUUCACCGGAUGUGUAGGAGCACUUAGAGAAAACACGUGUUUGCUAGCCGCUUACGCCUUGUUCCUAGCCAUAAUCUUAUUACUAGAAAUGACUGCUGUAGUAAUGGGAUUCAUCUUUAAAGACUGGAUCAAACUUCAAGCGACGGGAGGAUUCCAGGCUUUUAUAAUCCAUUAUAGAGAAGAUCCAGAUCAACAAAACUUGAUUGAUUGGAUCCAAGAAGACUGGUUGCAAUGCUGUGGAAUUGAAGGGCCAAAAGACUGGGAUAGAAAUAAUUAUUUCAAUUGUUCAUCGAGAGAUGUGGGCAGCAGGGAAGCUUGUGGCGUGCCAUUCUCAUGUUGUAGAAGAAAGCCUAAUGAAAUUAUUAAAAAUAAACAAUGUGGAUAUGAUGUUAGGAAGCCAGGAUAUUUUGCCGACGGCUGGACGAAUCUGUCGCCGAGCACUCAGGCGGGGGGCGACCACACCAUAUUCGAGCGAGGCUGCCUGCGCGCCGGCGAGGAGUGGAUUGAAGCCAAUGUCAUGUCGGUCGCUGUCGUCUCCGUGGCGCUAGCGCUCAUACAGAACUAUGAUGUUGCAAAAAUAAUCAACGAGAAAGGUUGUAUUCAAGCAGUUGAAGAAUGGAUGGAAGUCAAUCUAAUAAUUAUAUCCGCUAUAGCGUUAAUCACAUCGUUUUUACAAAUUCUCGGAAUAUGCUUUGCUCAAAAUUUACGAGCUGACAUAUUUGCGCAAAAAGCGAAAUGGCACUGACAAACAAUGAUGCCAGUGAAUGUCUAGCACGGACACUUUUAUGUGAUUGGUAAACAAAUUAAUACGGUGAUUCUAACUAAGUCAGAACGAUGGUGUUGAAAAUUGCGUUCAAAAACUUGUGUGUUUGAAAAUUGUUCACAAAUAGUGAAAAAAUGUAAAUUACAUUCGCAUACACUAAUUUCAAUUUAAUGCUGCAAGUGGAUACUCUAGGUAUAUUCCGUAUAGUAUAUUCCAAUCUAGUAGUUUACCUGAAUAUUCCCCUGUCAAGUGACGUUUUUAUUCAGAUGACUGUAUAUUUAUGUGAUAAUUGGACGAUUCUAGGAUAUCUAAUCAUUGAAUGUGUUCAAAAAAAUUUCUAAAUGAAUGUUAGGGUGUAACUUAUUUUAUAAAAAUAACUUAGUAUGCUACGGUAAUAAUGUAGGCAAGUGCUUUAUAUUAAUUCCAUGACAUCUUUUGUGAGCCUUUUCCAUACUAUUUUUGUAUAUCGCUUAUAAAAAUUGUAUACAUUGAUAAAUAAAUCACAAUUCGUCGUAUGCUA